CAUAAAAUCAGAAAGAAAAAAGAGAAAGAGACCCGCCUUCUUUCUCCCUCAAAUCGAACCAGACCCUCUUCUUCUUAGUCUGAAAAAUCCAUCAAAUCUCCAACAAUGGCGAACCGAGCCGUUCAAGAGAUAAUCGAGCAGCAAGUGCUGACGGUGGCGAAGGCGAUGGAGGACAAGCUCGACGAGGAGAUCGCGGCGCUGGAUCGGGUCGACGACGACGAUCUGGAGGUGCUGAGGGAGCGGAGGCUGCAGCAGAUGAAGAAGAUGGCGGAGAAGCGCAGCCGUUGGAUCUCACUAGGCCACGGCGAGUACACCGAGAUCCCUUCCGAGAAGGACUUCUUCUCCGCCGUCAAGGCCAGCGACCGCGUCGUCUGCCACUUUUUCCGCGAGAAUUGGCCCUGCAAGGUUGUGGACAAGCACUUGAGCAUAUUGGCAAAGCAACACAUAGAGACUCGUUUUGUGAAGAUCAAUGCUGAGAAAAGUCCAUUCUUAGCAGAGAAACUCAAGAUUGUUGUUCUUCCCACUCUUGCCCUUAUUAAGAAGGCGAAAGUGGAUGAUUAUGUGGUUGGGUUUGAUGAGCUGGGCGGGAAGGACGACUUCAGCACAGAAAUACUAGAGGAGAGGUUGGCUAGAGCUCAAGUCAUAUUUUUUGAAGGGGAAUCAUCUAUAAACUCCAGUGCAAAAACCAGGAGUGUCCGGCAAACCAGCAAGGAUGAUUCAUCAGAUUCAGAGUAACUCCAUAGGUAUCCAGUUUGUUUAUUUCAGAAAUUGGAGCAGUUCAUGGUUCAUGUAAAUGAUCAGAUGUAUCGAUGCCUGUAUUUGAAUGAUAUGGUGAGACUUGAGGUCAUCCUCUGGAUGGUAUUGCGUCAGUUUUGGUUGCUUGUAUUGAGAAAGGUUUUGGAGCUUCCUCAC